UGCUAAACAAGAUCGGAAGUUUGGCGCUUUCGUAGAACUUUAAAAGAGUAAAAAGUAUUUUUGUUCGCUGCAUAUGUAAAAGUGGUUGACUUUUUGAUAUAUAUUGGUCAGUUCACCACUACGGUAUUAAAUAUUUUUGAGUCAACAAUUUUAUUGAGUUUGCUUUUUCUUUUGCCAACUGAUAUUAAUUAGAACUUUAGGAAAAUAGCGUGAGUAGUUUUAGUUUUUCAGAAAUGCACUUCACAAUGGAUUAUCAUUUCUUUAUAGAGUGUGAUAUCAACACAGGAGAGGACUUUGUUGAAUUUUGGUUUUGUUAAAUAUUUACGUCUUGUUAACUUUCAGUAUAGGUAUUACACUUGUGGAGGAAACAAAAAAUCCAGGAUUAGUUUCUGGUUGAAUUUCAAAUCAUGACAGACAACGAAGCAAGUGCACAUGAUGGAAAACAGAAAAAGACUGUAUCGGUUUCUUUAAAACCACUAUAUAGUAGUGACCUAUGGCAACGAAGAAGAGACACCAAAUGUACUCCCGUAGAACCAGAUUUUCAACAAGGAGCUGAUCAGGUCUUUAAAACAGUCAGAAUUUGUGAACAUGUUGAGUUGAUGCCAAAAGACAACUCUUAUCCACCUAUACCUCCUUAUGGGGUAUCUGGAAAAUCACCUGCUUUACUUGAAACAUCUGUGGAGCAAGUUUUCGGAGGGUCUUUUCAGGAUAAAAGUACAGAUAACAUGAAGUCCAUAAUGUCAAUAGGAGGAAUGAUAUGUUCACGAUGUAAAGAAGGGUUCCAACCUCAUGAGGAAAUUGUGAACUCUCUCGGAGAAGUUUGGCAUAAAGAAUGUUUUGUAUGCUGCCAGUGUUUCAGACCCUUUCCUGAUGGUUUGUUUUUUGAAUUUGAACAGAGAAAAUACUGUGAGUAUGAUUUUCAAGUUCUCUAUGCUCCAUGUUGUGGAAGAUGCAAAGAGUUUAUUACUGGACGAGUGAUCAAAGCUUUGAAAAAUAACUGGCAUCCACAUUGUUUCCUUUGCCAAUUAUGUCAGGCUCCACUAGCUGACAAAGGGUUCUUCAAUAAUGCAGGCAGAGCAUUGUGUUUUAAUUGUAAUGCCAAAGAGAAAGCAGCUGCUAUAGGAAAGAAUAGUUGUGUCAAGUGCCAUGGUAUAAUAGAUGAACUUCCACUAAGAAUAUCUGGAGAAACUUAUCAUCCUUAUCACUUUAACUGCUCAAAAUGUAGUAUAGAGUUGACAUCGGAUGCCCGUAUGGUGAACAAGGAGCUAUUUUGUUUACGUUGCCAUGACAACAUGGGAAUACCCAUAUGUGGAGCCUGUCAUCGACCAAUAGAAGAACGAGUUGUACAUGCUUUGGGAAAACAAUGGCAUAUUGAACAUUUUGUAUGUGCCAAGUGUGAGAAACCCUUUCUAGGACACCGUCACUAUGAAAAAAGAGGAGUUGCGUAUUGUGAAACUCAUUACCAUCAACUGUUUGGAAAUCUUUGUUCUUUUUGCAAUAGUGUAAUAGUUGGAGAUUCAAUAAAAAUUUUCCAAAAAGCCUGGUGUGUUAACCACUUUUCAUGUUCAGGUUGUGACAGGAAGUUCCCUAGCAAAUCAAGAAUCUUCGAGUUUGAUUUGAAGCCUCUGUGUAAAAAGUGCUUUGAAAAAUUUCCUGCAGAAUUAAAGAAGCGUCUGAAAAAACAGUAUGAACAAAACUUGCAUGAAAAGUAAAACAAAACUGAAAGGAAUUGUACAUGCUCUUCAUAUUUGUUUUUAAUACGAGUUUAUUCAAAUUAAAGAAUAGUGUUUGUUUUCUGCUAUGUGGAUAAAUCUGAUUUUACCAAUGGUUUGUUAUUGUAUUUAUGAAACUUAUUGGUUGGCUGCAAAUUUGAUUUUAAUAAUUCAGACUUGACACCAAUAAUUUUUUAAACCGACAUUUCAAUUAUCAUCCAGUUUUUGUUGUUUAUGUUUGUGUCUUGCUAAUACUUUAGCAUGAACUAUACUGAAAAAACAUUCCUAAUAUGGAGAAUUUUCUGCUUGAGUAGUUCUAGCAAAUGAAGAAACAUUUUAAAUUUAUAUUGAACUGAUUUUUUGACAUUUGUGUAGGUGCAAUUUAUUUGCUUUAAUGGUUGAUUUAGCUGAUAGCUUUUAUAACUGCUUAAUUAGGUAUAGAAUGUUUGUGUUUUGUUUAAACAAUAUUUUUAGGUGCAUUUAAAGUUUUGCUUAUUUCCAAGUUUCAGUUUUAAAAGUUAUUUUUUAUUAAUCUUAUGGUUUCUCAGCAGUAUCACAAAGUCUUUUUAUUAUCUAUGAAAAUAUGGGAUAUUUCAUGAACAUUUUAAUUGUUUUGCAAUUAGAAUUUAUUUUUAUAACUAAGUUUUCUAAUUUUUUUAGAGCAGCAGUUUUCAAAAUUUUUACUUUACAGACUAGCUGAAUUUUUUUUGUCUCGUCAUACCACAAUUUGUUCUAUACACUAUGCUGCUGCUUUCUUUCCAUAAUUAUGCAACCUAUGGACUACAGAUUGAGAACUGCUGUUUUAGAGAAUAAAGUGAUUUUUUUUUGGGUUUACUGCUUGUAAGACUAUCUUAUUCUCCAUGUUCUACAUUCACUUUUUGGGUAAUUUUAGGGGUAUACGUAAAAAUGCUGUUUUAGUAAGUUAUUGAUUCUUAGUGAAGUGUAUGCUGUUUUAUCAAAGACCAAAUGCAUAUAUAUUUUGCUUUGUAUUUUUUUAAGUAUUACUAACAGUUUUCACUGUAUUUGUGCAUUAUGUAAGUUUUGGAAAAUUUUAUUGUCAGGGCAUUUUUCUUUACUAAUUAAUGUGAAUUUUGUGUUCCAGUUAUUUUGAGAAUUUGUAAAAAAAAGUGAUUGGAUUCUACUAUAUAAAUUUGACCUUAUGAAUAGCUUUUUUCAUAUUUUUCUUUCAUUUUUACUUGUCUUUCAUGUAGUGUUAUGCUGUUACCAGUGAGGUUUGAUUGAUAUCAUCAUUUCUUUUUCAUAGUCCUUGGUUGUGGAAGAAUAGUGUCUAAAAACAAAAAUUUUAACAGUUUUCUGUUGCUGGCAGUUGAUGAGGAAAAUGUAUAUUUAACCCUUUCAAGGAGAAACUAUGUAAAAUUUAUCAUAAUAUUGUUGAUGCUUUAAUAAAUAUAGCAAUAUGUAAUAAGUGUUUUCACUUGAUUAUAU